AUGGCUAACUUCGAGAACUAUCCCGCCUACCAGCCGCACAUGGCGUUCAAUAUGCUAGAUGACCACUGGGAGCUUCAUGACCCCUUUAUCUAUCUUACCUCCAAUCAGAAUGCUUUCACAGAGGCAGACUGUGCCGGACAAACCGGUUUGAUUGGUUCUGCUCUGUGGCAAGGCAUCGACAUUGGGAAUGGCGAUUUUGAGCCAGGGGUAUGUCAUGAGCCCUACAGAGAUUCUUUAACGACAGAGGUCUACGGCGAUGCGUGCGACUCUACACUGGAGAAGCUCAGCCAACCUGACGGACCUACAUCACCCUCGACUUCAACCCGGACCCACACUGCCGAGGGGACUGAGACUGUUUCAGAAGAGCUAGUACUCUCGAUGAAGCGGUUCACUACCACCAUUAACGAGUGUGGCGUACUUAUGCAAACGCUAGGCAACAGCAUCGAAGACCUGAACAGCCGCCUCGACGGUAUGGAAGGUCGUCUUGACAGUAUAGAGCAUCGCCUUGAGGUUGUGGAUCAGGGAAUGGACAGCUUAAACUCCAGGUUCAAGACUAUCAAUGGGUACCUACUCGAAGUCAUAAAGCGCGAGCAAAUGGCAAUGAGAGAACUCGGUGACUUAGCAAGUCGCUAUCAUGAGAAGGACAUGGAUCCGUGA